UUUAUGGUUAUAUAUAAAUAUAUUGUUUGUCAAUUGUGUGUGUGGGGCUGUAAGGAGUAGCAGUUGUUGGUGGAGAAGAUGUACUGCAAACUGUGAAUCUUUCUGUAACGGCCAAAGAUGCUUUCUACACGACUCAAAAAUAAACCCCCUCCACUCGACCACCUUCCAACUUGCAGUAGCAGACAACCAUUCCUUCUACGACUACUGCUGCUGCUGCUGCUGCUGCUUUACAGCCCACACAAAUACCCAAUAAUUCAUUUUUAUUUAUUUAUCACUUUUACAAUUUUUUUAAUAAAAAAAGAAGAAAUAGGACAAAAAUUCGCGCAUACUAAAGUCUCUCUCUCUCUCUCUCUCUCUCUCUCUCUCUCUCUCUCUCCAUCUCCCUCUUUCUCUAUUUUAUGAUGCAUCUUCUCCAUUCAUCCUUUGUUCUUAUUCCUCUUCUGCUUCCAUUUCAAACUAUUUUGCUUGCAUGGUUUUGUUCCUCUAUCUAUUUGUAACAUCAAAAGAAUAAAAAGAUUGAAUUUUUAUUUCUCUUUUUUAAUCAAAAAGUCAUGCUUUUUUUUUUCUUUUUCUUUUUUUCCCUUGUGGGUGAGGUUCUAUAUUUAUAUUGAUGAAUUUGAAUUGGCGUGGCUUGGUAUAGAGAGAGAAUAGUAGUAGUAGCAGUAGCAGAAUUAGUAAUAAACCCAGCUAGUUUUGUCGGCGCAAGGUCACUUUCUGUCGGCAUUGUCUGUAUCCAACGAUGAUGAUAAGUGAAGACUAUUUUCUUCUUAAUUUAAUCAAAAGUACAACGCAGAUAGAUGCUUCUGGGGUUGCGUUUUUGUUAGCAUAUUGAUUUGGACCUCUUGCUGAUUUAUUUAUUCCCUUUGUACCAACUGAGAGAAAUAAAAAUUAAACAAAUUGGGUCCUGAUCAUAAUUGGGUUUUUACUUGCUUUUGAUGUUUACAAUACCCAUUUCCUUUUGUUGGGUUUUCUUUGGGUAUCUUUGAUUUAUUUUAUUUUUUGCUUUGCUUCCCUUCCCUUCCUGGUGGUUUGCCAUUCACAUGUAGAAAUUCAGCUUUUCAUUGUGGUAAUGUGGAUCAACUUUUUAUUUGGAUGACACUCAUACUGGAAGGUUCAUUCAAUUUGUAAUUGGCAAAUGAAGCUGAGCUUUUUGGAGAUCUGGUUGGAUUACUUCUCCUGCAAUAAAGGUUUGGCAGUGUUUCUAAUUUCAAAAAGCUUUCAAGUUUUCAGAUGUUGCUUGCUUCUCUGGGGUUUGCCACUUCCCAAUUGGACCAUGAUGCAUAUAAAUUUUUCUCGUUUUUCUGGCUUUAUCCCUUUUUUGGAGAUUGAGGAAAUUAGGCCUUUUGCAUUAUCUAUUCCUCUAGUUGCUGCUAAGUUUCUGUCAUUUAAUUUCUGAACAGAUUUGUAAUGGAUAAAUAUUGUCAAAGGCUUCCUCUAUCUGUAUUUUGAUCUUCUGUUUUGUUAUCAUUUAUUCCAAGGUUCAAUGCAUGUUAGUUCGUGGCAAAAUUAUACCAUACGGCAAAGUUGAAGGUUAACCCAUACUAAAUGUCAGGGACUCUUGCAGCAAUAGUGGGAGGUGCUGCAGGAGCCGUGGCAUUGGUGGGGAUAAUUGUUCUACUCAUAUGGUUCUGCCUUGUCAAAACUAGGAGUGUUUCGAGAACUUCUGAGACGGGGUCUUCUGAUCCAUCUCUUCAAGUUGCAGUUGGAAGACAUGCUGGGGUCGAGCUGUCAAUACGAGAAACAAGGCGGUUUCAGAUAGAAGAACUAUCUCUGGCCACAAAAAAUUUCAGCGAUAGAAGUUUGAUUGGAGUAGGAAAAUUUGGGGAGGUAUAUAAGGGUUUGCUUCAUGAUGGGAUGAUUGUAGCCAUCAAAAAGCGACCUGGAGCACCCAGUCAAGAAUUUGUCAAUGAGGUCCACUACCUCUCAGCUAUACGGCACCGGAACCUUGUUACUCUUUUGGGCUACUGCCAGGAAAAUAAUCUACAGUUUCUUAUCUAUGAGCAUAUACCUAAUGGUAGUGUUUCCAGUCACUUAUACGGUGCGGGUCUUGAUUCACGUGAAAAACUAGAGUUCAAGAGCAGACUCACAGUGGCUCUAGGGGCAGCUAAAGGUUUGGCUCAUCUUCACUCUUUGAGUCCCCGUUUGGUACAUAAGGAUUUCAAAACGGCCAAUGUUCUUGUAGAUGAAAAUUUCAUAGCUAAGGUUGCGGAUGCAGGAAUUCGCAACUUCCUGGGAAGAGUGAAUACUGCUGGUCCAUCGUCUCAAGUAACUGCUGAUGAGAUAUUUCUUUCCCCAGAGGUGAGAGAGUUUGGACGCUUUUCUGAAAAAAGUGAUAUUUACAGUUUUGGGGUGUUCCUUCUUGAAUUAGUGAGUGGGAGAGAAGCUACGGAAUUGGCAUCAUCAGACUCCAGUCAGAAUCUGGUUGAAUGGGUGCAAAAUAUCCGAGACAACAGCAAUAUGUCUACCAUCAUUGACCAGAGGUUGGGGAAUAGCUUUACAGCUGAAGGGAUGGAAGAGUUGAUACAGUUGAUUGUCCGAUGUGUAGAACCUUCAAGUGAGAGCCGUCCUGCAAUGAGCGACGUUGUAACAGAACUUGAUCGGAUACUAGAGAAAGAGGUGAGCUUGACGACAAUCAUGGGGGAAGAACCACCAAAUGUGAUGCUUGGAAGUCAGUUAUUUCGAGCUACAAGAUGAAAAAUACAUUGUUUGCGUCCAAAAAUAUAUUUGUGAAAUACAUUGUUUUCUUCUUUUAUUUUUAUUCCAUUAAAGAUGAAGAGAGAUCCAGCUGUUUGUUAAGUGUAUAAAGAACAGCUGCAUUGUUUUUAUUUUUUAUUUUUUAUUUUUUUUUUCACAGAUGUACGAGGGAAAAAAAAAAAAAAAAACACAAAACAAAAAGAAAAAAUAAAAUAAAAAAACACAAAGAGUCUUGUUGUAAAGCCAGUGUUUGUUGUUCAUAGUAAAGUGGAAGUGGGGUGUGAUUUGCGUCAAGUAGUUCUCUGA